AUGCAACCACAAUCACUCCCACCGUUGACCCUAAUUGUGGCAACGACCCCAAUCCGGGUCUCAGAAGAAGUAACCCGCCUCGGAAUCGGACUGAAAGGAACACUUCCCUGGCCCCGCAUCAAGACCGACAUGUCAUUCUUUGCGCGCGUGACAUCCCGCCCACCCACAGCCGGCAAGACCAAUGCAAUGAUCAUGGGCCGCAAGACCUACGACUCAGUUCCUGCGUCGCUGCGUCCGCUCGCGAAACGGACGAGCGUCAUUAUCUCGCGUGACACAACGGGGUCUGUUCAAGAGGGGGUUCGGAAAGAGCUUGAGAAGAGAAAGGAGAAGCUGGCGGCUAAGGCUGCUGAGGCUAAGGCAGCGUCUGGCUCGGGAUAUGUGGCGGAUCCUGAGACGGAUGCGAUUGUGACGCCGAGUUUGGAUGGCGCGAUGAGGGAGUUGGGGUCGAGGGAGGAGCUGGGCAAGAUCUAUGUUAUUGGUGGGGCGGAGAUUUAUAAUGCUACGUUGAAUAUGAAGCGGGAUGAGUUGCAGGGGAGGGCGUUGAGGGUUGUUAUGACGAAUGUUGUGAGGAAGGAUGGAGAGCCAUUUGAAUGUGAUACUUUCUUCCCUUUGGAUCGGUUGGAUGAAGGGAACGGAUGGCGGGCUGCUAGUCCUGCGGAGGUCACUGAAUGGGUUGGGGAAGAGGUUGAUGGAGAGUGGAAGACUGAGGGAGAUUUCGAGGUUCAGAUGGUUGGGUUCGAGAAGAUCUAG